AUGGUCCGAGUUGAAAAACAUUUGACCCGAUCAACGCGGUCGCGGCCAGUGUCGUGCCUGUUCUGUCGAUCACGGAAGUUGAGAUGCAGCCGCCAGUUCCCUUGCGCAAACUGUACCAGUCGUGGUCUUUCUUGUGAACUCGAUGGCCACAGGGCUCCUUCUACCACUAGCCCUGAAGGUAAUUUACCCGACGAGUGUUCAUUCAAGGAUGAUAUCCUGGAGCGUCUACGCCGACUGGAAGAUAUUGUCAUUGGGAAGGGGGAAGAACCACCAAUUAGUGCAAGUGGACAGGCGUCACAGAAACAAGCUUCUCGGGCUUGGCAAAGAGGUUACUCUUCUCCAUUAAACACUGAAAAAUCACCGGCAAUCGAUGUGGAUUGGCUGGAAGGGGAGGUUACAUAUUCUGUUCCUACUGACUCCCUAGUGGCUUACGGGAUAGAGUUCAGAACUUGCUCGAUUAGGCAAAUAAGCAAUGCAGCCUCUAUGUCUCAGAAUAGCCAUGACUCAACUGUUGCUACACGGUGCAUCUGGCUGCCCUUUCACAGUGAGGCCAGGCAAAUUAUCAACAAAUACCUGACCGACAUUACAUACAUUCACCAUGUUGUGCAUAGUCCGACUGUUUUGUCAGUUAUAGAUGAGCUGUAUCACCAUGUUUCUCAAAAUGGCGACGUCAAUCUGGGCCAUGUCUCAUUGCUCCUGGCAAUUUUAGCAAGCACUACAUUCUUUUGGACAGAACGUGAUAUGCACUUAACAUUGUUUUCCUCAGUCGAAGAAGCAAAUCAGCAAGCUUCCGUAUGGUUACAGGCUUCUCUUGAUGUUCAAGAGUUCUCUCGCCGCAGGGGAAUGGAUUGCCUUGAAGAUGUUCAAGCUAUGAUUAUCACUGGGUUUCUUAUCGCUAACCUCGUUGGAAUAGCGCCACAGGCGUGGUAUGUAUUCUCCUCGGCUAUUUCAGUAGCACGGCGGUUAUCUCUUCAUCGGAUCGAUCACCCUCACAAUGGUAAUAUAAUCGUGCCAGAUCCAGACUCAAUACAGGCGGAGAUAGGCAGGAGAGUUUGGUGGUACCUAGCUGCGACAGAUUGGCAAUUUUCGCAGUUUGCAGGUCCCCAAAAAGGAACCUAUUCCAUAAAUCCUCGGCACAUGGCAACUCAUUUACCGCUGAAUGUAAAUGACGAAGACCUCAUGGAUGGAACUCCCACCAUUGAUAAACCCAUGAGCCAGCCGACCUCUAUGUCAUAUUGUUUGCAACGAAUCCGACUAGCGGAAAUUUGCCGUGAGACCAGUGAUAGUAUACCAUUCGUGGAAACUGGGCAUGGGAUUCCAAACUACCAGCAGGUACGGGAAAUGGAUGAACGCCUCUGCAAAAUUAUGCACGAGAUGCCCGCAUUUUUUUCUCUCGAUUGCGACCCGGAUGAAAUUUCAAAAAAUGACUCGGACAAAUCGCCAGGGAUAAUCAUUCAACGCUAUGUCAUCAACUCUUUACUUUAUACGCAAAGAUGUAGGCUGCAUCUACCAUACCUAUCUCGGGCGACCGAAGAACCUGAAUACGCAUUCUCAAAGCACGCAUGUUUACAAGCAGCACGAAUGGUUAUCCGGACUGAAAGACUUCUAGCAAUCCAAAACCUUCCUUUCGUAUUGAAGCGAUUGAAGUUUUCGGGAGUUAUACAUUGUGUUUGUAUGGCAAUAAUAGUGUUACUGAUGGAUAUUUGCCUUGACAAAAGUAUGCGAUCGGAGGAUGACCGAGAAAGGCGAGAGGAGAUUUACAAUGCCUUCGAUAUACUGGAAGAGGCUAAGGGCCAGUCUCCAUUCGCGGAACAGAUUCUGCAAUCCUUCUAUGCAACUCUUUGGCGAAACAAGGUCCCUCUACCGAGCACCAGAGGUAAAAGAAAACCCCGAACUGAAAAUAACGACCAGCAAUUAUACACUGGACCCAUCAAUAGCCCGACAACAUCUACAAGUUUCUCAGCAGAACAUACUGAAAUCGAUCCAUCAGAUCUGAACCUUUCAAGUUUUGAUGACCUCUGGCAGACACUCGACAACAAUGUGGAUUCAAGUUCAUUUUUCAACUGGAAUUCCCUGUUUGCAGAACUUGACUCGCCCUUUCUUUCUCUAUAA